AUGGAGGAAACAUGCACAACAAACGAAGGUGGCGUCGGAAGUUGCAUAGCAAUAGCCUCGUGCCCGACCUACGUGAAGCUAUUGCAACAAUUCAGAACAAAACCGGCAUAUGUGCAAGUGUUGAAGAGAGCUCAUUGCGGCUUUGAAGGAAACUAUCCUAAGGUUUGCUGCCCAAUAGCCACUACACCUAAUGAUCCGCUACAAUCCACACCCUCUCACGCGGCACCUACUGUGAUAGCUUCUGUAACAGAUGACGCGGUAUCUAACAAAUCCCUGGCAUCAGACUUCCUUCCAGCGUUCCCGGCGCCACCAGAUUGUGGAGUUAGCAACGUCUCAUUUACUAGAGUGGUCGGAGGAGUUGACGCUAAGCUAGGUGACUUCCCGUGGAUGGCGUUACUGGGUUACAAAGAAAGCGGUGACGCUGAAACUCACUGGAAGUGUGGAGGUUCCCUCAUCAGCUCGCACCACGUGUUAACCGCAGCGCAUUGCAUACAUCGCCAUGAAAAAGAUUUAUACUUAGUGCGACUCGGUGAGCUGGACUACGCGAGGGAGGAUGAAGGAGCAACUCCGAUAGACGUCCUCAUCAAGUACAAGAUCAAACACGAAGGCUACAAUUACAAGACGUACGUGAAUGAUAUCGGAUUACUGAUACUGCAAAACGAUGUAGAGUUCACAGAAUUUAUCAAGCCCAUAUGUUUACCUGUGACCAGCGAUUUAAGGAGUAAUACCUUUGAGAAAUACAACCCUAUCAUAGCUGGAUGGGGACAUACUCAAUACGGUGGUACAUCAGCAUCACACUUGCAAGUUUUGCAGCUGCCAGUUGUCAGUAAUGACAUUUGUAGAAAAGCGUACAUCGAUUACAAGGCCCAGGUGAUAGACGAGCGAGUUUUAUGUGCUGGAUUCAAGAAGGGCGGUAAAGACGCUUGCAAAGGAGACAGUGGUGGACCAUUGAUGCAGCCAAUUCCCGAAAACAUGACGUCUUAUUUCUUCCAAAUCGGAAUAGUCUCCUACGGAAGGAGAUGCGCGGACGCUGGCUUCCCUGGCAUUUACUCGCGCGUCACCUACUUCGUGCCGUGGCUGCAACAGAACAUUUUAGGCAGUGCUUAA